CAUUGUCAUCUGCCUUUCCUGUGCACAUGGCACUUGUUGGCGGUCAUUCCGGAAAAUUCAAACCUCUUGAGUGACUUCCUUUUGCGAGCUUGUAUGUGCGGGGCCAAAAACUAGGGUUCCGUAGAUCGCCUGAAACUUCGCUUCUAUCAUGGCCUCUGAUUCCAUUCGGAAUCGCAUCGAUCAGUUUUUUUCUUCAAAGAAAAGGAAACCGCUAUCUCCUGGUUUGAAGACUGGAAGAAUCGAAAAAGAUUCAAAAAGAGCAGUCGAUGGUUCUCCCAGUAGCAAGGGCACCUUAGACAACUAUUUGGUAACUUAUCCGGAUGAUAAUUCCACUGCUCGUGGUUCAUCAGCAGGAAAAGGCCCAGUCAAAAGAAAUUUGACAUUGGAGAUUAAUUUGCCUUCUAAAGAUGAAAAUGAAAAUGCCCUUUUAUCAGGCCAAUUGGGUCAUGGAACUACCGAAGCAUUUGGAGAAACUCAUACGGAAAAUUCCCGGGGUUUAUCUCAGAUGGGUGGUGUUGGAGUUGGAGAGCAAUUGAAGGAUUGCUCAGUCUCUGCACAUGGUCCCGUGAACUCGGAACUUAAGCAAAUUGCAGCUGACUUUUUAUCUCUUUAUUGCAGUGAAUUUCCAUCAAGUGCAAGUUUGCCAUCUGGAUUGAAAGUGAAUGUGAAUAAAAGAUGUGGCAGUCCAUCUCUGCAAGAUGUGAAGAAUGAGAUUUCCAAGAAGAGGCAUUGCAUUGCCAAUGCGGACCAGUCCCGGUUAGAAGGUGAAGAUUCUUGUUUAAACGAGAAUAAUUAUGAAGAUGGGCAGCUUGGUCUUAUUGUUAAACCUGUGGAAAGAAUUUUUGAUUCUUCUAGAGAGGUAACAGUUGGAAAUGAUGCCACUGAAGUUCAAGGAAGCUUGAGAAAAAGCAAUGAAAGACUAAAAUCAACUGUUAAUAUGACCGAGUGCUAUACACCUGGUCCAUUGACUGUUAAUGCAUUUGCUCAUGAAACCCCCAAUUCAAUGCGUGGAAGCUCCAUGUUUUCACCUGGAGAAUCAUUCUGGAAUGAAGCAAUUCAAGUUGCUGAUGGUUUGUUUGCUCCAAAAACUGAUGAGCAAAUUAAUGCUGCCAAGAGCGAAUAUGAGAUGAAGAACUCAUGCAAUUUGAGAAAUGCUGGCUGUGGGUUUAAGUUGAAGGAAAUGUUGGUUGACGGUGACUGCACAGUUGAGGGUAUGGAAAUAGGUGUUUCUUCUGGAUCAUUAGGAUAUCGUGUGAAAGAUUCAGAUCAAGUAUCCCCACUGCCUGUUAAACGAUUUGACUUCUUGUUUGAGGAAAAGAACUUGGAUGAAACAAAUCCACCUCAUUGUUCUGCUGAUAAGCUGGAUGUUAUGGAUGGUGAACAAUCUGCUUGUGGUUCCGUGAAUCAUAAGGUUCUAAAAACCACUGGUAUUGUAAUUGAUUACUGCAAAGCUCAGACAAAUGGAGGAAUGAGUGAAGUAAAAGAUAUGAAUUCAAUUGAUGCAGAAGCCAAAAGGGAAGUGGAUUUAUUGAGCCAAGAAAAGGAUAACAUCAAAGCUGAUUCACCAGAUUUGGGAAUCACUAAAUCCAUUAUUGCCUGUGAAUGUGAUGAAGCAAGUACUCCAUCAAGUUUUGAGCCCCUGAAGGAUAGUUUAGAUCUUAGCAAAUGGCUUCCUUCUGAGAUAUGCAACAUAUAUAGAAAGAAAGGAAUUUCAAAACUGUACUCUUGGCAGGUUGACUGCCUUAAGGUGGAUGGCGUCUUGCAGAAAAGGAACCUUGUGUAUUGUGCAUCUACAAGUGCUGGCAAAAGUUUUGUUGCUGAAAUUUUAAUGUUGCGACGACUAAUAUCAACGGGAAAAAUGGCACUUCUUGUACUUCCAUAUGUUUCAAUUUGUGCAGAAAAGGCAGAGCAUCUGGAAGUCCUCCUGGAACCACUUGGUAAGCAUGUCCGUAGUUACUAUGGAAAUCAAGGUGGUGGAACACUUCCUAAAGACACUUCUGUAGCUGUAUGCACAAUUGAGAAGGCAAACUCUUUAAUCAACAGAUUGCUGGAAGAGGGUCGCCUGUCAGAAAUUGGAAUUAUUGUAAUAGAUGAAUUGCACAUGGUUGGCGAUCAGAAUAGGGGUUAUCUUUUGGAACUUCUGUUGACAAAGCUUCGUUAUGCUGCUGGUGAAGGACAUGUUGAAUCAGUUAGUGGUGAGAGUUCAAAUAUGAGCAGUGGCAAAUCUGAUCCUGCUCAUGGUCUGCAAAUUGUUGGGAUGAGUGCAACCAUGCCUAAUGUAGCAGCGGUUGCUGAUUGGCUUCAAGCAGCAUUGUACCAAACAGAUUUCCGACCAGUUCCAUUGGAGGAAUACAUUAAAGUUGGUAACACCAUUUAUGACAAGAAAAUGGAUAUUAUUAGGACAAUAUCGAAAACAGCUGAUCUUGGUGGUAAAGAUCCUGAUCAUAUUGUGGAAUUGUGCAAUGAGGUUGUUCAGGAGGGUCAUUCAGUGCUACUAUUUUGCUCUAGUAGAAAAGGAUGUGAAUUUACUGCAAGGCAUGUUUCAAAAUUCCUCAAAAAAUUCUCUACCAAUGCCCAUAACAAUACUGGUGAGUUUGUUGAUAUUAGUUCAGCUAUUGAUGCCUUACGGAGAUCUCCUGCGGGACUGGAUCCUAUACUGGAAGAAACUCUCCCUUCUGGUGUUGCCUAUCACCAUGCUGGCCUCACGGUUGAGGAAAGAGAUAUUGUCGAGACAUGCUAUCGCAAAGGGCUCCUACGUGUCUUAACUGCUACAUCUACCUUAGCUGCUGGUGUUAACCUCCCUGCUAGGAGGGUCAUUUUCCGACAACCAAGGAUUGGUCGUGAUUUUAUUGAUGGAACUAGGUACAAACAGAUGGCUGGACGGGCUGGACGAACUGGAAUAGAUACAAAAGGGGAAAGUGUACUGAUUUGCAAACCUGAGGAGGUCAAAAGAAUUUGUGGACUUCUCAAUGAGAGUUGUCCACCAUUGUAUUCUUGUCUCUCUGAAGAUAAGAAUGGAAUGACUCAUGCAAUCUUGGAAGUUGUGGCUAGUGGAAUUGUUCAAACUGCUAAUGAUAUUAAUCGAUAUGUUAGGUGCACUCUUCUUAAUUCCACCAAGCCAUUUCAAGAUGUGGUUAAAUCAGCACAGGAUUCUCUUAGGUGGUUAUGCCACAGAAAAUUUCUUGAAUGGAAUGAAGAUACUAAGUUAUACAGCACCACUCCUCUUGGACGGGCAGCUUUUGGCAGUUCUCUCUGUCCUGAAGAAUCACUUGUUGUGCUGGAUGAUCUUUCAAGGGCACGAGAAGGAUUUGUUCUUGCAUCUGAUUUGCAUCUAGUUUACUUAGUGACACCCAUUAAUGUUGAUGUUGAGCCAGAUUGGGAAUUGUUCUAUGAAAGGUUCAUGCAAUUGUCUGCUCUUGACCAGUCAGUUGGCAAUCGAGUUGGAGUGGUGGAACCAUUUUUGAUGCGCAUGGCCCAUGGUGCACCUAUGUGUGCUUCAAACAAAUCAAGAAAUAAUGGAAAAGGGUUGCAUGACAAAUUUGACAACCGACUUGGGAUCACAAAAUGUAGUUUGCUCUCAGAUGAGCAAACACUUCGUGUUUGCAAGCGAUUUUAUGUUGCUCUCAUCUUGUCAAAACUAGUGCAGGAAGUACCGGUGACUGAGGUUUGCGAAGCUUUUAAAGUGGCUAGAGGCAUGGUUCAAGGCUUGCAAGAGAAUGCUGGAAGGUUUGCGUCUAUGGUUUCUUUGUUUUGUGAAAGGCUUGGCUGGAAUGAUUUGGAAGGCUUGGUUGCUAAGUUCCAAAAUCGUGUUUCAUUUGGAGUGAGAGCAGAGAUCGUAGAGCUUACUACCAUUCCAUAUGUUAAGGGUUCUCGAGCAAGAGCACUUUAUAAAGCUGGCUUGCGUACACCUCUAGCAAUUGCAGAAGCAUCAAUACCUGAGAUAGUGAAAGCUCUGUUUGAAUUUUCAUCAUGGGCUGCAGAAGGAAAUUCAGUGCAACGAAAUGUACAAUUGGGAGUAGCCAAGAAGAUUAAGAAUGCUGCACGCAAAAUUGUGCUUGAUAAAGCUGAAGAAGCAAGGAUUGCUGCUUUCUCAGCUUUCAAAUCACUUGGGCUUAAUGUUCCACAGUUUUCACGUCCUUUGUUGUUAAUUGCUAAUGACAAUCCUAGCCAAGAAGCUGCAAGUACCUCUUCUGGGGAGGGUGCUACUAGUAGCUUUGUUGGUACAGAAUGCAUGAAAUCAGGUAAGCCAGCUGUAGAAGGAAGUGAGAAUUCUAAUAAAGUUGCUUCAGAAAUUGGAGUGGAGAAGUUAAAAAAUAUGUCAGAUGUUAUCUUGGGAACUGCAGGGGAGGUAAAAUCAACUGGCCCCAUACAGUGUAAAUUUGGUGCUGAAAAUCCUGCAGUACUGUCAAUUCUCAAUGAUGAACUUAACAGCAUUGUGGAUCGUAAUGAAAAUGCAGUGAUGCCACUUUCUAUUAAGUCAAUGAAUACUGGUAAUGGAAAUGGGACAUCGGAUGCAUAUGUGGAUCAUGGUCAGCAUGAGCAGCAAAGAGGAGAAAAUGAAUGUCUUGACAAUAAUGGCAAAGCCUAUGAGAAGGGUCCUAUUCAUGCAACUAAUACUCCUGGUGGGUUUGAUUCUUUCUUAGAUCUCUGGGAUAGUGUGAGAGAAUUCUAUUUUGAUAUUCACUUCAACAAACAGUCUGAAGUAAAUUCUCUUGCACCCUACGAAAUACAUGGCAUAGCAAUCUGUUGGGAAAAUUCUCCUGUGUAUUAUAUCAAUCUUCCUAAGGAUCUACUUUGCUCUGAUGAAAGGAAAAAUAUUUACUUAACCAUGAAUGUAUCUGAUGACAAGCCAAACAUUUUAGAUGCAAAUCAUAGGUUGGAAGCAGCUAAAUGGCGAUGGAGCAAGGUUGGUAAGAUAAUGGGGAAAAAGGAUGUCAGGAAAUUUACUUGGAAUUUGAAAGUUCAGAUUCAGGUGCUAAAAAAUCCUGCAGUUUCCAUUCAAAAAUUUGGUAGUCUGAAUCUUGCAAUGAGAACUAUGGGACUUGAACUUAUAGACAACUCCUACCUUAUGUUGUCCCCAGUUUAUAUUGUGGAUGGACUAGACAUGUGUAUUGUAACAUGGAUCCUUUGGCCUGAUGAAGAGAGAAGCUCCAAUCCAAAUCUGGAGAAGGAAGUUAGGAAAAGAUUAUCCAGUGAGGCAGCAGCAGCUGCUAAUCGGAGCGGAAGGUGGAAAAAUCAGACUCGAAGAGCUGCCCAUAAUGGUUGCUGCCGUCGCGUUGCACAAACACGUGCCCUAUGUUCCGUUCUAUGGAAAUUGCUUGUUUCUGAAGAACUUGUUGAAGUGCUUUUGAGAAUUGAAAUCCCAUUGGUUACAAUUCUUGCGGACAUGGAAGUCUGGGGAAUAGGUGUUGAUAUGGAGGGAUGCAUUCAGGCACGAAAUGUGCUGGGAAAGAAGCUAAGGCAUCUUGAAAAGGAAGCUUAUGAGUUGGCUGGCAUGACAUUUUCAUUGUAUACAGCAGCAGAUAUUGCUAAUGUUCUCUAUGGACACUUGAAGCUGCCCAUACCAGAGGGGCACAAUAAAGGGAAGCAACAUCCAAGUACUGAUAAGCAUUGCUUAGAUUUGUUAAGGCAUGAACAUCCUAUUAUUCCAGUCAUUAAAGAACACCGGACACUGGCAAAACUCUUAAACUGUACAUUGGGUUCAAUUUGUUCUCUGGCUAGGCUUUCUUUGCAGACGCAAAGAUACACCCUGCAUGGCCAUUGGCUCCAAACAUCAACAGCGACUGGACGCCUUUCAAUGGAAGAACCUAACCUUCAGUGUGUUGAGCAUGUGGUUGAGUUCAAAAUGAUCAAAGGUAACAAAGAUGUAUGCAAUUCUGAAGCUGACCAUUACAAAAUUAAUGCUCGUGACUUCUUCGUUCCUUCUCAGGAGAACUGGUUACUGUUAACAGCGGAUUAUUCCCAGAUUGAACUGCGGCUAAUGGCUCAUUUUUCUAGGGACUCUUCAUUAACUGAACUCCUUAGCAAGCCCCAUGGUGAUGUCUUUACCAUGAUUGCAGCAAAAUGGACUGGGAAGCCAGAAUCUGUUGUUGGCUACCAGGAGCGAGAACAGACCAAAAGGUUGGUCUAUGGCAUUCUUUAUGGAAUGGGUGCUAAUACCCUUGCCAAACAGCUAGAAUGUAGCUUAGGUGAAGCAGAAGAAAAAAUUCGAAGUUUUAGAAGUUCUUUUCCUGGUGUUGCUUCCUGGCUUCAUGAAGCAGUUGCAUGUUGCUGUAAGAAAGGAUAUGUGAAGACACUUAAGGGAAGAAAGCGCUUCUUGUCAAAAAUAAAAUUUGGGACUAGUAAAGAAAAAUUGAAAGCUCGGAGGCAAGCUGUGAAUUCCAUUUGUCAGGGAUCCGCUGCCGACAUAAUCAAGAUUGCAAUGAUAAAUAUUCAUUCUGUGAUUGCUGAAGGAGUAGAUGAGCCUAAUUCUAGCACAGAACUUCCAGCAAAAUUUCACAUGCUGAAGGGGCGUUGCCGGAUAAUUCUACAGGUUCAUGAUGAACUAGUACUUGAAGUUGAUCCUUCUGUUAUGAAGGAAGCUGGAUUGUUAUUAAAAAUGACCAUGGAAAAUUCUACCUCACUGCUGGUCCCUUUGCUUGUGAAGCUAAAGGUUGGAAGAACAUGGGGUUCUUUGGAGCCUUUCCAUGCUGAACCACUUGGAGAUGAAAUGCUUGUUCUGCAAAAAGAUGUUUGAUCACAAUGGAGAACAAAUUUUAGUGGCAGUUUAGACCAAUGUAAUCAGCCACAUGUGAAAAGGAGUGUCAAUAAGGAACCACAAUUUGGAAUUUUGGGUUUCACCUAAUAUCAUCUAAAAGCAAGAUUUGGAAAGAAGAAACCAUAGAGAUUUGAAACACCUUCUAGCUCAUUGUAGUCUAGCUGAUUUGCUUAAGUGGAAUGACUAUCAUCCAUUAGUCACCUCUUGCCACAAGUCUGAAGAGAAACUGAGGAGAUCUUAUAAAAGCCUUGAGUUUCCGUGAUGGAUGGUAAGGAUUGGUUUUCCUAAUGUGGUUAAUGAUCCUGCAAUUUCUGGGUUGCCCUAAAGCUAAUUGCAUGUCGAAAUUGUCACUUUUUAACAAUUUGCCUGGCCUGGCAAGGAGUAGACAAACAAGGUCUAUCAGCUCGACGCUAAGUUCAUAGGCAACAAAUAAAAUUGGUUAGUCAUUCAUCUUCAAACUGCCCUUGCACUCGCUGCUUAUGCCACAUACAACUCUACUGGAUCAUCAAACAUGGGAACUGGUUGGAAUUGAUGGUAGACUGGGUGGUUUUGUUAUAGAAGCUGGUUGCCUCCAUCUAAGUCCACUGGGUUGUCGUAUUGGUAAACUAUUAAAACCUUUGGUUCCAAGAUAGGAUGAAGUCUCUUUCCCAAGAAGUAGGAAUUGAGCAAGGAAAGAUAAAAAGCAAAUGGUGAAUGGUUCCCCAGCACCUUUCAAAGUGCAAGGAGAAGAUGCUGCACAAAGAAGUAUAACUAUUAUCUUAACACUCCACUGAACUCUCACAGGGCACAACCCACCUGGCCGUAAAACAUCUCUGAUAGAUUUUGGCAUUGGAGUGUUUGGCAGCAUAGAAUUCCAGUACACUUCAGAAGGUAAAACAGCAUGGCUUGUCAGUGCUAGCUGCAUGGAAAGUUAGGAUAAGUUCUCAUCAGCUUCUCAUAUCAAUGUAGAUAAUAAAAAAAGAACUAAAGCAUAAUCUUUUCUCUAAGGGUCAUACGCAGAGAAAAGCUAGGAUGGGUAGGAGGUGAAACUCCAUUGAAACUCUGGAACUGCAAGAGAAGCAAUAAUGGUGGGAGUGAACAAGAACUGGAACCUUUGCUUGCUUGUGUAAAGAACAGUGUGGAUUGUUCUUUUAUAGCCUAAUUUUAGUGCAGGAAACUUGGAAUGCAACAUGCCACCUAUAUCUGCGAUUUGUUUAAUUCUUCAGCUACCCUUUGCCUAUACAUAUUAAAUGGAGCUGGCCCAAAUGGCACAGGUGAAGAUGGAGUGAAAGAAAGAUUUGGUAUUAGAGUGUAUUGUUAUUUGUGUGAUGUUCACUUCAUGGGUUACUUUUUGGCAUGGGAAAGCAAUGUUGGGUGUUAUAUUGAA